AUUUCAAAACUUGUGUAUUUCAGAUAUGGAACCCUACUUGAAAAUUUUCUUUACUUUUCUACUCUCAAUUAUCUUGCUUGCAGGCCCCACUGAGGGGAGGAAAGACCUAAAAAAGUAUUGGGGAAACAUGAUGAAUGGACAGCCUAUACCAGAAGCACUUAAACUAUUCAUAAAUCAAAGAUCAUACCAAGAAGAAGCAAUUAAGGAUUUCAUCAAAGAAUUUGAACCAAUCCCUAAUGUUUCUGCUUACCAUGAUGAUUCAAAAAAGUUAAUUUCUAGUGAAUUUGAACCAAUCCCUAAUAUUUCUGCAUAUCAUGAUGAUGCCAAUCCAAAUCAGGUCAAAUCCCAAAAACAAGAUGCAUCAAAGAAGAUUUUUGCUGAUGAAUUUGAACCAAUUCCCAAUGUUACUUCUUAUAGUGAUUAAUUUUGGGAAUUAGGGUUUUUUAAUUUGUGCAUUUUAGGUUUUGUUUGUUGCAUUUUAAUGUGUGUGAGAGACCUAUAUAGGGUUACUGAUUUCAGUUCGAAUCUAAUUAAGAUCAGUUUCCAAUGUACUCUCUAGUUUGAAAAAUAAAGUUUGGUUUGACGGUUUUUCCGUUCACCUUUGUGA